UAUGUGUAUGCAUAAUACGAAUCUCAGUGGAAAUAAAUAAUUCGAGAAAUCAAGAAUUUGCGCAGUUGAGUAUAAUGUUGCUCAAGGAUCAGCCUACGCUCAAAGAUGUGGCCAAGGUUUUCAUAGUUGGCCUGGCACUGCGCUCUUAUGUGACCGAUGGCUCUGGCAAUGGCAAUCAGCGCAGGACCAGUUUUGGACACGAGUUGUCACGUCGCAUUUGCAAUGCCACCAAUCGCUCGAGCACGAUUUGUCAACGCCACCGCCAGAAGUUCCUGACCCUAGAACGUAUCAAGGAUUAUGAUAUGCAAUACAAGGAGAAGAUUGACCUCAGUCGCCAGACUCGCGAGCUUAUGGCCAACAAUAAUCUAACUUCCUAGUUAAAAACGGAGCCCGAACUCUUUUUGUUGAAGUGCACACAUUUUUUCUCUAAGGGACAGGCAUUGCAAUUAAGUAAAUCAUACUAUGGAGCCAUAAUUUCUAACAUCCUUAAGCUACCAAGCUUGGGAUCUGCUGAACCGAAACUUCCUGCUUGCCCCACAACACACACUCAGUGUUGCCGAUUUGGCUUUUUUUUUCUCGUGUACUACAAAAAAUGAGUUGGUAGCUUUUCAAAUGUGAAUUUAAAUCUUAAAUUUGGUAUUUUCAUUAUUAGAGUCGUAACCCUUAUAGGUCUUACACUUGCUGACAACUGUAUUAUUAUAAAAUUAAAUAUACAAUGAGUCCC